AUGCCGCGGCCAGGGAAGAGCUCUUACAGCGACCAGAAGCCACCCUACUCGUACAUCUCGCUGACCGCCAUGGCCAUCCAGCAUUCCGCGGAAAAGAUGCUGCCGCUAAGCGACAUUUACAAGUUCAUCAUGGAGCGCUUCCCCUACUACCGCGAGCACACUCAGCGUUGGCAGAACAGCCUGCGCCACAACCUCUCCUUCAACGAUUGCUUCAUCAAGAUACCCCGGCGGCCAGACCAGCCCGGCAAGGGCAGCUUCUGGGCUCUGCAUCCGGACUGUGGUGACAUGUUCGAGAACGGCAGCUUCCUACGGCGCCGCAAGCGCUUCAAGGUGCUGCGCGCUGACCACACUCACCUGCACGCGGGAAGCACCAAGGGCGCGCCAGGCGCUGGGCCGGGAGGGCAUCUGCACCCCCACCAUCCCCACCACCCGCACCACCACCACCACCAUCCCCCGCCGCACAUGGUGCAUUAUUUCCACCAGCAGCCGCCUCCCGCUCCGCAGCCUCCGCCGCACCUCCCGUCGCAACCGCCGCAGCAACCGCCGCAGCAAUCGCAGCCUCAGCAGCCGUCUCACCCUGGAAAGAUGCAGGAGGCUGCGGCUGUGGCGGCUGCUGCGGCGGCCGCGGCGGCCGCGGCGGUGGGCAGUGUGGGACGCCUGUCGCAGUUUCCGCCCUACGGACUGGGCUCCGCCGCCGCGGCGGCCGCCGCCGCCGCGGCGUCCACGUCGGGCUUCAAGCACCCAUUUGCCAUCGAGAACAUCAUCGGCCGGGACUACAAGGGCGUGCUGCAGGCGAGCGGGCUGCCCUUGGCGUCGGUCAUGCACCACCUGGGUUACCCAGUACCCGGCCAACUCGGCAACGUCGUCAGCUCAGUGUGGCCUCACGUCGGCGUCAUGGAUUCGGUGGCAGCGGCCGCAGCAGCCGCCGCGGCCGCAGGGGUCCCUGUAGGUCCGGAUUAUGGGGCCUUCGGAGUGCCAGUCAAGGCCCUGUGCCACUCGGCAAGCCAGAGCCUGCCUGCCGUGCCUGUGCCCAUCAAGCCGACUCCCGCGCUGCCUCCAGUGGCCACGUUGCCGCCGACGCUCACUGUCCCCCCAGCCACACAGCAACCGCCUGCACAGUCCACCGUGUGCCCGGCGGCCGCGGCCUCUCCUGCCACUUCCCUGUUAGAGCCCCCGGCUCCCAGUGCGACCGAGAGCAAGGGCGGUUCUCUGCACUCGGUGCUUGUGCACUCUUAG